CACAUGUAAACAUAUCACACAAGGAUAUUUAUUCUAUAUUAGUACAACAAGUGAACUGAGAAUUGUGCUUGUACUUUAAAAAUGAAAACAGGCAUCCUUGAGUCUUUGAUGGUCUGGUAUUUCUGUUCUGCUGUUGGGGGAAAACAAACGUUAUUAACGGACUUCAGUUAUAAGAGACCUUCACACGCCGUAGGAGGACCAAAUACUUUUUCAGCUAAAAAGCUUCUAAAACAGUCGCAGCUAAAAACCAAAGGAGCUGCAAGCGUUCAUGACUUAAAAAUACCGAAGGUGUUACAAUCUGGACAAAAAUCAGUUGAUAAACCUGACCUAGUGAAGUCGGUAAGAAAACAAGACUUAGACAAUCCAAAAACAAUAGAAAACUUGGCAAAACCUGAUUCUAUCAGGUUUAACACACCACAAAGCGGAGAGAAUAAAAACAUGCAACUUAUUAAUUCCGAAGUCAUAGCGUCACAAAUAGAUCAAGUUUCUUCGAACAAGGUUCCUCAGAAAGACAUUCAACUGAAAACUGGUGCUUCAGACCUCGAAUUUUUCACAUCUGCAAAAGAGGCACAUGAUAAACAUCUUCGUAUAGUUGAUCAUUCUUCCACACCUAUUCCACAACUCGUAACAUCUCAAAAAGAUAUUGAUUUAACAAUCCCAGACACAGUUAUUACUCCAGGGUUGGAACAUCUUAGAACAGGACCAACACCAAUUUAUGAAAUUCCAUUCUGUUCAUGGAUAGAUCCAAAUAAAUGCCCAGAUGUUAGUACAGUACAGCCGGAAUGCCUCGAAUAUCCAAAGGUCGACUCCCUUUAUGGGGAAUGUAAAUCAUGCCCACUUAUUAUCAGUUGGUGCUUCGAACCCAACGACAUGGCUGGGAGCGGAAAACUGCAUGAUAAUUCUCCAUUAGAUGUUGUGUUAAAUGCCGGAAAUAUGAAAGCGCCAAAAUUUGCGUUGGCUAUCAAUCGACCAGUUAUUUUAUAAGAUAGUAUUUUAUGCACCAUUACAUUAACACAGCUGUUGACUUUUUCUUGACAAAUCGCACAUCUGUAUAUUCAAUAAUUGUUCUCAUCAUCUACUGUUCAAAAUAAGUGGUGCAAAAUUUCAUAUUUUAUUAUUCAUUUUUUUUUUGGUAGUUUGGAUUAUUCUUCCUUCCCUGUAAAGAGCUACUAUUUGCACAAAGGAUUAGAAUCGUUUGAAGCUAAUUGUUUAAUGUUUGAUGAUACUUUUAAAAAGGAAAUUCCCAAAGUUGCUUUAGAAAGUUAAAUACGGAAUAGAUGGUUAAAAAAUCAAAUUGUUAUUGUUUAUUGCAUAAUAAAUUAAUAUUGAAUUUUUAUGAAGGCGUUACAUCAAACUUCCUAUAUGCAUUUGACUGAGAAACCAAUGGUUGUAUAUUCUGAUUGUCAUAUAUUGUCUGGGGUUUUUUUUAUUACAGGCAUAUGUUCUCUCUUAUUAACAAUUAUGAAAAGAGUGUUUAGUUAAAGAUGCUUGAAAAAUAGUUUAUAUACAUAUUUCAUAACAGCGUUUUACUGUUGAAUUUGAUCUGUUAGAUAAAUUCCUAAACCGCUUGAAGACAACUUAUAAUACAUACAUUAUGAAUCUUCAGAUCAAUUGAUCAUAUAAAUACAUCAGCACGUGUGCCCAGGAGUUUUAUAUUCUGGUUUCUUUCUGUGUCAAAUUGUAACUAAACCUCGCCAUCUAAUAAAUAUGUUUUGAAAUACUCAAUAAAUUCUUUUUCACCAGGAAAAUAAUAUAGGUACAUGUAAGAAAUGCAAAUCUUCAUAAAUAUCAUAUUUCAAAAUAAUCAGUGGACGAUCAAAACAGUUACUCUUUUAUAUAUUAACUUUUCAAACUAACUUUUUAACCAAUUAAUACUGGUAUUUCCUAUAUUUGCUAUUGUCCAAAAAAAUGAGACUUUUCAUACAUGUAUAUUGAAUUGCAUGACCUUUCCAUUUCUGAAAAAUGAAGUGGAACACAGUAAAAGGUUGUAACCAUUUACAUUUCUACCAAUUGAAAAACUUGAUUUAUUUCUCUAACAAAUGCGCAAGAAGUCAUAUUUAUCACCCUGUAUAAUAUAUAUUAUUCUAAGAUGAAAGAAAAAAAUGUGGAUCAUUAUCUGUUCAACUAAUGUAUUUUUUAAAGUUUUAUGAUCAUACAAGCAAUUAAAAAUUGGUUCAUUAACAUUAGAAUUAGACUAUGAUUUAAAUCGCCUCGUGCAAAUAUCUGUAUAAUUCAUAUUGACAUAUUUAAUAAAUAAAGGGAAUUUUC